CACCACCACCAUCACCUUCAUUCUUCCUCUUAUUCUACGUGUAAUUCUCCUCGGCACUUCCUGACUGUGGUCUGUAAUAACUGCAUUGAAUGGUUUCUCAUCUUGCUUUUCGCAUGGGCUGGAGUCGGGGUGAUGAGGUUGGCGUGACUGUGACUGAGGCGCGUUUGAUCAUCAUCUAAGAAAUCGUCCACAAAGUCAUCUGCGGCUCUUUUAAAAGCCUCCCAGAAACCGUGGAUCAAGUACAAUUAGUGCUUUUGCCCUCAGGCUGGUCAAUAUUAGAGAGGUUUUAUUCGAUUGGCGUUGAGUCGGAAUAAGGCACGAGGGGUACCAUCUCUCGCACAUCUCCUGGCGAGACAAGUGGCCCGAACAACAUCAGGGACUUGACUGAACAGUCACGACUCUUGACCUAACGCUCUACAUUACGAAAGUCGACAUAAUUACUACGGUCUUCAUUGGCAUCUCUUCACUGCGUCCCUGUUCGGCUGAACCCUCCACUGUCUUUGCUUUGAUGCAGCCGCGAGUGUGUUGCGGCCUGUGAGUGGCGAAUCCCGGCAAGUAACCAAGAAAACUUGAAUCUGGCACAAAAACUCGGCCUAGGCCCGAUCUGGCGCGGUUCCAACUGAGCACGUGACUUAUCGGCGUCUCGAUUCUCCGAUCAUCUCCAACUCCGACUCUUCAAUACUUGCGGCCAUGGACUCGUCUACGAACCAUUCGCUGAACGGCACACAUCAUAGCAACAAUCCAUCCUACAGUUUUCUCGAUGGCAUUCAGUCUUUUGCGAAUGACGAAUUCAGUCAAUACUUCGACCCUGCUCUUUUCGAGAACACUACCAUUGGACCGGGCUUUUCUCAGCAACCCCAAACUCAAUCCCUCCCGCAGAACUUCAAUCAAAAUGUGCCCCGGCAGUCACAUAGUCCACUGCCUCAAUUCAAUUCACCCCAGCCGACAUUGUCUCAUGGACAAUACUCGCAGCCUAUGUACGAUACACAACAACUGUCACAACACAACUAUGAUUCACGCUACUAUCCACGGCCUUCAGCCUCACCAGUGGGCUUCGACGGAGGCUAUGGCUACCAGCCUCAAAUGAACUACAACAGCCAGGGAUUUAAUCCUCAGCACAUCAACAUGCCUCAGAGGCAGACUCCCACCCCAACAACGAACUAUCCUCCGGGACAACAACGGGCUUCGCCCUACAUCAACAUUGUAGCGCGCCCUACUCAAAUGUCACAAAUGCAGAAUGCCGACCUGAUGCAUUUCGGAAACUUCCAGGAUCAAAGCCACCAGUCCUCGAAUGGUUUCGUAGACCCAAACAUGUUGACCGCGAACCAGAUCAUGGGCCCAAACAGCAAUAACACGAACUUCCCGCCUCCUCAAUCGUACUUACCACCAUCAUAUUUCAAGUCCGGCUCCACUGUUGAUCCACGGUCCUUGCAGGGUGCGCGGUCUGUGCAGCCCGCACCUCCUAUGACAUCACAACAGUCUCAAAUCUCAGUUAUCAUUCCGAAGUUCGAGAAGGCUUCGAAGCCCAAUAGCUCCAAGGAUCCCCAUGUAACAAAGAAAUCCAAGAAGACGGAUGGCCUUUCAGGGUCCGCUGAGGCUGGAUCGGACUCGGAGGAUGAGUUAUCGAUUCAGGAAGAGGAACCUCCGGAACAGACCCCGGUUUUUCUCACCUUGGCGGCACCCACUGAAGAAGGGCAGAGAGCUCAAUAUUAUGCUGUUCAAGCAGUGUUCUCCCCGCGUAACAAACCUGCUUCGGCUGAGAAGGUUCGAAGCGGAAUUGCAGGCUAUGGUGAUGCCGUUCGGGCGUUGCGAGAUGCUUGGAAGGUCAAGAACGACAACUUGAAAAAGGCUGAAUUACCAAAUUCUCCUACAGCCCAAGAAGCCGAUGCCCUCAAGAAGGAAGUUGCACGAUAUCGCCAACUUAUGGAAGAGGUCAUGACGCGGUCUUUGAAGUAUGGACAUCCUUCGAUUGUCAAAAGACUAGGUGAGAAUCACUUCACGAUGUCGGCCCUAUACUCCUUUAUGCUCGACCGAUUCACCGCUGGAGACUAUGAUAGCCCUCUUGUUCUGGCAAUUCUUAAGUUCGUUGCAAAGUUCGAGACUCUCGAUAGCGAAAUGCUGGAAAUGACCAAACUCUCCAAGCUACUGCAACGGCUCACGAAGAAGGCCAGCACCGAGGCCAAGGCCCUGGCGCAAACUGUUCUCGAUAAUGCUGUCGCUGCUUCUGCCAAGAAGAAAGCGGCCGGCAUCAAGGCUGAGAAUGCAGCGUCGCCCAAGGUCGGUGGCAGUCCUGCAGAUUCAUCUCGGAGAGAAGUGGUCGCAGGAAUUAAGCGGGCACGAGAAGGUGAUGCGGCUCCGCAACCGGUGCCAAAGAAGGUUGUCAAAGUACAAUCAUCGAAACCUCUGGCUCUACAAAACGCCGAGCGUAGGAAGGCAUUGGAAGCUCUCAAAGCAGGCGGCAAGCCCGUAACAGCCGCUGCAAACCCUGCAGCCCCAGCAAAAGCCAAAGUGGCAGUAGCGGCGCCUCCAAAAUCUGCAGUCUUCUCAUCCUUAAUGUCAGCUUCAAAGCGACCCGGAACGUCCCUUGCAGCUCGUGCGGCUGCUGCAGCCAAAGAACAAGCCGCCACAGCCAUAACACCUCCUGUAUCAGCUAUGUCGAUAAAGAAGGAAAGCGUGCGAAAAGAAUCCCCACCGCGCAAUGUCACCCCCUUUCCGAAGACGGCUUCGGCCACUUCAUCUUUGCUUAGCCUGCUGACGGAUAUGGAGAAGAAGCCGGAAAAAGAAACAAAGAAAGAGACAGAGAUUCCAAAUGAGACCGAAGAAGAGAAGGCUCAGCGUCUUCGAAAAGAAGCACGUAGAAAACUACGUGUCUCGUGGAAGGCAGACUCGGAACUCGUCGAGACACGACUCUUCACUCAUGACCCAGAUGAGGAGAUUGGUGACGGUGACAGCCUGAAACGUGAUGCAGGUGACACCGGCCGUGAAGGUGAAGCGCUCAAGCUCCACAAGACUAUGGAAGAGCUGGAGGAUGACGAAGACGAGGACUCCUCUGAGGAACUCGAACCGUACACACCGCCUUCGGACGUGGAUUUUAGCGUGCUCCAAAAUGAAUCCGGCUCAUUUGAAGUUAAUUCCUUCAAAUUUGGAGGAUCCAUGAAGCCUGAAAGUGCCAGCUCUGAAACACAAAAUAAACGUGAGCAAGAGACCGUCAUGACGACCUACACCUCCAAAGCCGACCGUCCUCCGACACCAAAGGAACCAGACGAGAACGAAGAAGGGGACUUUGAGCCUGCUGAACCUGCAGUCGAGUUUGGUGAGCCUAAUGAGAAAGUUCGCCAGCGCGAAAAGGAAUAUCUCGCACGCCAAGUUCGAAGCCAGCCAGUAAUGCCACCCAAUUUUGUCCUUCAAGCCCAGACGAUGUCUUCGACACAAGCACCUCAACAACAAGCCGCUGCUAUCCCAGUUGAACUGCAACGAGCCUUGGCGUCAUUGUCAGGUCAACCACAACAGGCUGCACAACCUGCGCCGCAGGUGGAUUUCUCUGCAAUCCUCCAAUCGGUUCACCAGAUCAGUCAACAAGCUCAAGGACAGAGUCAACCGCCGCAAUACCCAGUCCCAAGUCAAAUGCCUGCUGCAACACCGGACCUGAGCGCGCUGCUUGCCAAUCUGCAACAACAAGCCUCGCAGGGUCAGAAUUCGGCGCCACUGGCGAUCGGCAUGGGGAAUAAUCCUAAUCCUUAUCCCGGUUCUUUGGACGAUUCCUCACGCAAACACGGCCGCUCGGACUCGAAUGAUUAUGAUGAAACCGGUCGAAAAGGUGGAUCCAAGAAGAAAAAGCCAUACAAUUAUAAGACUCAGGUGUGCUCGUUCUGGGAACAGGGCAGAUGCACUAAAGGUGAAUCUUGCACAUAUCGUCAUGGCGAAGAAGAUCUCACCUGAGGACGGUUCAUUAUGAGCUUUCUGUACACUAAUUUCACAUCACGACGUUGUUGUUGGUCGGAGUCAAAAAGUGACCCUGCCACCUUUCCCUUCCUUGUUCAACUACACCCUGCGGAAACAGAGAGCGAUACCAGAGCGAUUCAUUUUACAGAUGAGGUUUAAGUGCGAUUGCAUGAUCACGAGGGCUGGGCGUCCAUGGUACUACCCCCAAGAGGGGUGUACUCCUGAAAGGCCAGCGACCGGCUGAUAGAUAGCAUUUCCAAUCCUUGUGGGAUAUUAUGAAAUUAACCAUACACUUCUG